CGAGCAUCGAGCGCAUCUAGACUCAAUGGCUAUGUUGAACUCACUCCCCACGAAGGAGCGCCUCGGCAGCAUCUACGAGAGCAUGCCCACCAAGGAGCAGCUCAUCGCCGCCUACACCGACGGCGAACUCCGCGCCGACCUCGUCCAGAGCACGCUCUCGGCAGCGGGCGCCGACGCCUUCCUCUCCGAGUCUCAGCGCUCGGCGCUCACUGGCCUGGUCUCUUACGGUGAGACGGCUGACCUGAUCAAGGAGGCUGCGCUCUACUACCCAACCCUAUCCGAGAAGUACCACGACUAUGCGCCGCUCGUCGCAGACGCCAAGGAGGCCGUGGCCGCGCGGGUGGUGCUUGCCCGCAGCGCCGAGGGGCGCUCGGAGCUGAUCGCUGAGGGAAAGGACCUCGCGACCGAGAAGCUCAUCGCACCCGUCAAGGAGAUGGCGGCGGAGAAGAUCUUCGCGCCCGCCAAGGCCCGCGCCGCGCCGUUCCUGACCAAGGUGGCCGACAAGAAGGCGUCACUCGUCGAGAAGAAGGAGGCGAUUCUCGCCGACAAGCGGCUGUGCCGCGCUCUUGAGGCGCUCCAGGAGGCGCGCGAGCAUCCGACCGAGACAGCGGCUGCGCUCAAGGCGACCGCCAUCUCCCUGCUUCAGUACGACAAGGUGGCCGAGUACCGCGAGUACAUCCAGUCCGACGCGUUUGCCGAGGACACGCGCCAGCUCGUCACCGAGAGCCUGCCCGCGCUUGCCAAGGACGCGGCCGAGCAGGGCCUUGAGAAGGUGCGCGUCAAGGCCACGGCACUCUCCUCCGACCUCCAGUCCUCGGUCGAGCUCCUCAUCUCCUCGCUCUCGCAACCCUCGGGUUUCGAGACGCCCUCGGCGCCCGACCUCUCCACGACCAUCGAGCGCGCGCUCUCGCUGGCCGUGCAGGCGCGCUCCCUCCUCUCCGACGUCACCCUCGGCGCGGCACGCCUCUCCAAGAACACCGCGUCGUCGCGGGCGGCUCUCGAAAAGCUCGCCGCCCUCAUCGCUCCUCCGGCCAACCCCGAAGCUGUGACCGCCAUGACCGAGACGGCCGAGGCGACCCUCGCAACCACCAACGAGACGGACACCAACGAGACGGACACCAACGAGACGGACACCGACUCGCUGGUCACCGUCGACGCGGGGGCGGGCCACACCGAUGUCAUCUCGUGACGCUAGACCAGAGUGGGUGGCAGUGGCCGGAGCGCGAAAUCCGAAAAGGCCUCCCACCGGCACGCCAAGUAACACGGGCUGUGAUUUUGUGAUUGUGUCUGAAUACCGAAAAAAGUGCAAAGAUCUCUCUUCGAGCACAGGGAGGAUCGUCGGGAGUCUGUCCGACAGUUU